AUGGCGGUCGUCUACUUCGCCCUCUUCUCUCUCCUCCUUCUGCCUCCUCUUGCUGUUCUCAUUCUCCUGUACUUCAUCGUACGGCCUCGUCCGGCGAAGAUCACCAUCAAGAAUCGCCACGUUUUCAUCACCGGCGGAUCGAGUGGGAUCGGUCUCGCCUUGGCCCAUCAGGCUGUGGCUGAGGGUGCUCGCGUCUCGAUCCUUGCUCGCUCUGUGGAUAAGCUUGAGCAGGCCAGGAAUUCGAUUCGCCUCUCCACCGCCAUCGAUGUGGCUGUCUACUCCGCCGAUGUGCGCGACUACGAUGCCUUGAAGCGGGCAGUGGAUGAAGCGGGGCCUAUUGAUGAGCUGAUUGUGAAUCACGGGGUGUUUUGGGCCGCGGAGAUCGAGAAGGAGGAACUGGUUGGGGUGAAGUUCAUUAUGGACGUGAAUUUAAUGGGGAGCUUCAAUGUGAUCAAGGCUGCGUUGCCGGCAAUGAAGAACAGGAUGGACAGGGGCCCUGCUUCAAUUGCUAUUGUGUCGUCACUGGCUGGGCAGGUGGGUAUUUAUGGUUAUACAGCUUAUGCUGCCAGUAAAUUUGGGCUUCGUGGACUAGCAGAGGCAUUGCAGCAGGAGGUUAUAGCGGAUAACAUUCGUGUUUCUCUUAUAUUCCCUCCAGACACGGACACUCCUGGUCUAUCGGAAGAAAACAAGAAAAAACCACAGAUAACCAGUUUAAUUGCGUCCUCUGGCGGUUUAAUGAAAGCUGAUGAAGUUGCUCGGAGAGCUUUAAAGGGCAUCAAAUCUGGCAGCUUUUUCAUCCCCUGCAAUUUUGAGGGAUACUUGCUGGCCUUAGGAGUUUCUGGAUUUUCCCCACAAAGCUCGUUCUUGAUGGCUUUUGUUGAGGUUUUUGCUGCCGGAAUAUUACGCCUUGCUAUGCUAUUUUUCCAGUGGGACUGGUACAGAAGUAUAGAGAAAUUCCAUGCCCAAAGGAAUGCAGGAAACAUGCCGCCCUUAUAG